AUGCGCCAUGUUAUCGGACGAGGCCUGGGACUCUCUGACUUGGAGUAUGCGCUGUUGUUGUCGCAGGGUCUCAUCACAAAGACACGAUUGUUGCAUGUUUUCGACACACUACCACACGAGCUGUUCACGGCGCAACGUGCCGUUCGCGUGAUAGUGACGCCGACGCAGGUCAUCAACGUGGAGAAGAAGCAUGACAAGCCGGCCGGCAUCAUCUGGAGUCGGGUGUCGAAUCGGCGCUCACCAAGGUGCCCGUUCUCAACAUCAUCCGCGACGAACUCAUCAACACGAAGGGCGGCAAUACGAGGGGCCGUGGCCGUGGCCGGGGGCGGGGUAGAGGAGGCAGGGGAGGAAUGGGAAGGAGUGGUAUGCGUGGUGUUGGUGGCGGGCGGCUACUAUGCGGGAGGUGGAGGCGGUGAUGAGGAGAGGAGGCAGCAGGUUGUUGAGAGUGGCCAGGAAGAGGAAGAAGGGGUGGCUGCGGUGCCAGCGGGCAACGGAGGCGGCGGCGGUCGUAGAGGCCGAAACCGCAGGCAGCGCAACCGAACGCCGCACCAACAAGACGCAAGCGGCAACAACAGCGGCGACACAGCGGCGACAACAACGGUGACAACAACGACGCAGCAAACAACAACAACCGUGUUGAAAACAAUCGCCCCGAGAACAACCCGCAGAACCAAGAGACGCCAGAACCGGAGGGACAGAGUUACGGAGGGGCAGAAGAAUGGCAACGUGAGUGUCCACUUUUCAAUUGUCAAUUUAGUUGAAUCAAUUUGAUCGUUCAAGUCUCAU